CAGGAGAAACGAUCGAGAUAGCUGAAACCGAAAUGACAAAAAGAAAGUGAAUGACUGGCGGAUUUUUUGCCAGAAUCAAGGCAGUUUAAUUGAACGAAUAAUUGAAAGGUGUGUAGUCCUAACGAUAAAAGAAAAUAACUUGGGAAGUAUUUAUGCAAAUACGCGCCUUUGCAUGGUGCAUGCAAAUCAACUUUAUCGAAGGUGGCACGACACGAAGGUGGUUCACCCUUUCGCGGAAGAGACGUCUCUCCCCUCGAUUGGUCGCGUUUGGCGGGAGCGGAAACGCGAUUACCUUAAAGCUCGAGGCGUGGAGUUGCCCCGUGGAAACGGAAUCGAAUAACCGGCUUGAUUCUCACCGAGACCUAAUUAUCGAUCGGUGGAAGGGCCGGGAUCCUUGUGAGCACAACAUUGAUUUACGGACGUGUCGUAUCCCAGGACGUGCGGCGUGCAAAGGGAUUCCUCGUACAUUGACUCACGGGCUGGCAGCCGUGCUAAAUGCAGUUGCAACUCUCUGCCCCUGGCUCUGUUCCAGCUCUGUACAACUGUAUUCCGCCUCGAUGGAUUCGGUAAUCGAGGUCAGUGUACCCCUUCAUCUCGCCUAUCUAUUUGCAGUGAGUGAUUUAAAUGGGCGACCUCUUCGCCGAACUUUGGCCCCAACGACCGGAAACAAUGCAAAGAUCAUGUUCCACUCGAAUUUUUCCUGUCAUGGAACAACACUUUUCCCCUUAAUUUUCGAUCAUUCGAUUCGAGGAAAGGAGGGACGAAGGGGAAAGAAAGGUAGGAUUUUGUCCGCGAGAAAUAGAGGAAGAGAAAUAGGUUUGAGUAGAGGUGGAAAGAAGACUUUUUAUUAAUUUUCGAUUCGAGGAAAGGAGACGAGGGAAAAGAUAGGAUAGAGAAAUGUAAUGUAAAGGGAGUAAAAAAUUGUGUGCCUUGUAUAAAAGAAUAUCCAUUAAUAUGUGAUAACGAUAAUCUUUAUAAAUAUGUAAUAUGAUAAUCUUUCAGGUAGAGGAAGAUUUUCUUUUCUGAAGGAUAGAAUUCUGUGGAUUCUAUUUCUAUGGAAAAAAUUGGUUAAGUGAAAUUUGAAUAACGAAUAAAGGCGAAUAAUUGGAUUCGUGGCAAGAAGGAAGUGGAGGAACUAUUGAAUGAAGAUGCGCGAGGCGCGCAAGGAUGGACGCGAUGAAAACAAUCGUGGAAAUAGUUCAUUUCAAUCUGGAGAAUCGAUAAAUGGGUCACCGCAGGUCGUCGGGCAAUAUCUCACGUAUCCACGACUCGAGUAUCAACUGGGUCAUUCGACUGUAGCGAGAAUGGGCGGCAAAAGUGACAAACUAUCGAAGAAACCCCGUCUACCAUUAUCUUACAUCGCUUCCAAGACCUAGCGCAACAAUCUUUACUAUCCAAUGUUAUUUACCCGACACCUACGCCAAAAGGAAAACAAUUGACAAACGAGCCAACCUAAUUCAACUAUCCUCCAUUAACAACACAGCGUAUAUCUCAAUCCACCCACCAUUCUCCGAGAAAAUGUCGCGGAAGUCACAAGACGCCGUUUGUAUUUACACUAUAUCCAUCACUAUAUCCGUCAUUCUCGAUAAUUGAAUCACUCUCGAUUAAAACUUGCCAAUUAUCUUAUAAAGUCAAUUGUAUACUCCUCCAAGAAAUUCUCGUCACCGUCAAAAAUAACCAAAUGUUGAACGGAAAAAGUGAAAGAUUUACUCGAUUGCAUUCAACGAAGAAACUCAAGUCUAUUCGAGGAUAAUCGAACCACUCCCAAUUAUCAAUCGCAAAAUUCAAUUAUCCAAGAAACUUUUUUCACCAUCAAAAUAACUUGAACCAAACGUCGAGACGAGAAAAGCAAAACAAAAAGAUUGCGGAAGAUUUACUCUGACAACUGCGUUCGACAAAUUUCCGGAAAAUUUCAAACUAAUUUUUACUCGCGAAGAAUAAUUGAACCACUCCCGAUCAAAUCAAUUAUUCCUUCAAAAAGCCACCAUCAAAAUAAGCCGAAACGAA